AUGGACGAGAAACAGGCUCCUGGGAGGCCUAGUGGGAUCCCUCGAUUCUCGCGUCUGCCUCUUCCCAAGUCGACAGCCACUCCUCCCCCUCCUCCCCCUGCAGCAGCUGCUGCUGUUCGGCCUUCACCCUCGCGGGAGGGUUUGAACUCCGGUCUGAGGAAUCCUCGGCUUCGACCGGCCGCAUCGCGGGACCACUUGGGGCCAGCCGUCGCUCCUAAGCAGCCCGAACCUCGCCUGACAGCCCCGAAGCCACGGCGGGAGCUCCAGCCGCCCUCUGCGAGCAAGCCUGCGUUGAGAGCUCCUCCCGCCCCCGCGACGACGACUCUCAGGAGUUCCCGCAGCGUACCUCGACUGAAAUCGAAAGAAGCCGGCUUCCACAAGCCACCGACGCCUCCAGAUGAGACCGAACAGCCCACCAUCGCGCGCUCCGCCAGUCUGACACGUCGUCAAUUUGGAGCAGCUCACGCAGCGAACCCAGACUUCGAACCCGUCCCAGACCUACCCCCUCUGCCCAGAGACACGAGCCCACCGGCCAUUGUUGGCGAUGCCGAGUCCGACCUUCCGAGCUUCGAUACCCCGAGAGCAACGUCUUUCAAGCCCCGGCCUUCUCUCUCCGAACGGACGAUCGAAACCCUGCAGCAAUUGCAAUCUUCGCCCUCCCUAAGCAAGAAGACGUCGACUUUUUUCGACCCCGAUGGCACCAUUCGACCCCGUUCACGCGCCGGCAGUGGCCAUUCGCGACCCGGCUCAAGCUAUACAUCUGACGGCUCUGGACGUCCGGCCUCGCGUCACAGCAGACCCGGCUCCAGUUCCGGAACGGAGGAAAACCCUUUUGCGAAUGCUCGAGCGGUCGCCAACGCCCAUCGACAUCCUCUGGGGUCCAUGGAAGGCACCCCUUCUCGCCGCGUCUCUGGCAUUCGCUCUCUCCGGCCACCGACGCUGCGAGCCACGCCCCAAUCAUCCCCCUCGGCACCCUCAUCGACCUCGGCUUCGGGUAUUCCCAUCAACCAGAGUCCCAGCCCGACAAGAGCAACCGGCAUGAUGCCGCCGCCGUCAAAGACUGGCUCAAAAACCCUGGCUGCUCGUCCUCUAAAGCCCCGUGCCUCGGUCAACGGCCUGUACAAGAAGCCGUCUCUGCCAUCGAUGGGCCAGACCACUUCGGCUUCGGUUGCCUCGCCGCCUCCAAAGUUGACACCCAGCAAAUCGUAUGGAUCCCUGAGAAGGCCCGGCCCGUCAAAGAUCAGCGCCCCGUCACCGGCCCUAGCAGCUCCGACCGCCACAGAUGAAGAAACGGCAGCCAGGAAGUCCUCAAAUGCUCUGCGGGAACAGAUCGCCAAGGCCAGGGCGGCCAAGCGCGCGGCCGAUCGUCAAGCGGCGGAUGCAGCGGCAUCGGUUGCGAGCCCAGCGCCCAUUGCGGAAGCACAGUCAACUCACACCGAGCCUCCGAUCAUCCCAGAGGAUAAUGGGUUCGAGUUCGGCAUUGCCGUUACGACCGACGCCUUCAGUACCAACGACCCGUUCAACACCAAGCGGUCGGAUAACUCGCAGAAAAAGGUCAUUCAGCAGCGUCUGGUCGCCGCCCGAAGCAGUGGACGCCUCAACGUUGCCGCAAUGGGCCUCAAGGAGAUUCCCGUCGAAGUCUUGAAGAUGUACGACAUGGAGUCCAUGGGUACGUACGAUGGCUCUUGGGCCGAGACGGUCGAUUUGACAAGAUUUGUGGCUGCCGACAACGAAUUGGAGACCAUUGGCGACGACAUCUUCCCCGACGUUACCGCCGAGGAAUUGGCCCAGGACGAGGACUCGAAUGGCAACAUCUUUGGCGGUCUCGAAGCGAUGGACUUGCAUGGCAAUUCACUUAUUUCGCUGCCCAUGGGUCUGAGACAGCUCCCUCUUCUGACGUCUCUGAAUCUGUCCCAAAACCGCCUUGCCAACAACUGCCUCGAAGUCAUCACUCAAGUCAAGGCUCUCCGUGACUUGAAGCUCGCCAACAACCUCCUGCACGGUCCCCUGGAUCCCAUCUUCGCCAACUUGGAGAACCUGGAAAUAUUUGACCUCCACGGGAACAAUGUGUCGUCGCUUCCCACGGGCAUCGAGAACCUAUCCAGGCUGCGCGUUCUCAACCUCAGCGAAAACAGCUUUGAGUCGUUGCCCUUUGCAAGCCUUUCCAAGCUUCCGCUGACGGAGCUGAUCAUGAAGAAGAACAAGCUCACGGGAAUGUUGAUUGAAGAUGGAGUUGAAGCCCUUUCCAACCUUCAGGUGCUGGACCUCUCCUGCAAUCAGUUGACUCACUUGGUCCCUUCGGGGUCUACGAUUGGUCUUCCCUCGGUUCACCAGCUCAUUCUGUCCAUGAACCGUCUGCGAGAGUUGCCCGAUGUCAGCUCUUGGCCCAGUCUUAUGACCCUGACGGCGGACGAGAAUGCCAUCUCCGAGUUCCCGAGCGGUUUCACUACUCUUGAAAAGCUCAGACAUGUCGACUUCUCGGCCAACGAUAUCCGCGUCGUGCCGUCAGAGAUCUGCAGGAUGGACAGCCUGACUCUCAUUCGGCUAGCGGGCAACCCCUUGCGCGACAAGAAGUUCGUCUCGGCCACCACGGAGGAGCUGAAGGAGGUUUUGGCCGGUAGGCUCGAGCCGCCUGUCUCGUUUGAGGAGGAUGUCGACGCUGCCACGCCUGAUACUGCGCUCAACAACACGCUCGCGGAGCCCCAUGAGAUCCAUCCAGCCAUCGAAGCUGUGCCGGCUGAGGCCUUGGCCCGUGAUAACCACUCGGACGAGGACUCAUUUGCCACGCCGCCCACCUGGUCGCCUACUUCGCCUGCACGAGCUCGCUCGCAGACGCUUGCCAAGGAAACAUGGCCCGUCAAACAGGGCGUCUUGGACCGCUCAAACACCAAAUCAUCCUCUUUGCAUCCCGUGGUUUGCUCUAGGGUGGUUGCCGACAACAGGGUCAUCGAGAUUCAGUUGCACCACAACCUCUUUACCUGCUUCCCGAACUCACUGUCUUUCUUUGCCGAAUCUCUUGCCGCUCUCUCGCUCGCCCACAACCAGCUCGUUGGCGAAACUUACCUGACGGAGGAACUCGAUCUUCCGGUGCUUCGCGAGCUGAAUCUUGUCAGCAACCACAUCACGAGCCUCUCGCCCUUGACCACACAUUUGCAUGCUCCGCAGCUGGAGAAGAUGGACGUCUCUCUCAACCGCAUCACGGCCCUGCCGCCUGACCUGCGAGCCGUCUUUCCCCGGCUUGUUGUUUUGCUGGCGGCAAACAACCACUUGAUUGAGCUGGAUCCAGACACCAUCAGGGGCCUGGAGGUUGUCGAUGCCGGCAACAAUGACAUUGCGCACUUGAACCCCAAGCUCGGGUUGCUUGGUGGUAGCGGAGGACUGAAGCGCCUCGAGGUUUCCGGCAACCGCUUCAGAGUCCCCAGGUAUAACGUGCUCGAGCGAGGCACAGAGGCCACGCUCCGGUGGCUUAGAGGACGAGUGCCCGUAGCGGAAAUGGCUUCAUGGAAGGAGGGGCAAGGUGAUUCGGGCAAUGCCUCCGACACGAGCUUGGCGGACGUCGACUGA